AUGAAUAUCUUUGUGCCGUUUGUCAUGACAGAGUUUAACUGCACAAAGACAGAAGCUGACGCUGUUGUCAUUGUCAUGCCUACCGCUUCAAGUCUCAUGGCUGGCCCGAUAGCUGCAAUGGUCUAUCAAUUCGUUGGAGCACGAAUAAGUAUAGUGACCGGUGCAUCAUUAUGCUUCUUAGGCUUCAGUAUUGGCUCUAUAGCUCCAUCUGUAGCAAUUUUGUCAAUCUUCACUGUAUUUAUCGGUAUGUCAAUAUGUUGCUAA